UUUCUCGCUAAUGUGUUGAGGUCGGCUGCAGCUCAACACACCCCCUCUUCCUGUCAUUGGCAAAAAACAUCUUUAGGGACGUCAAGUGAAGAUUUUGUCGUAUAAAAACUGAUAAAGCGGUAGAAAAUGAAUGAAUGAAUGAAAAAAAAAACUGAUCUUGUGUUUAUGUACUGUACACAUACCGACGCACACCUAGAGCUGAAGGGGGAAAUGAGAGUUUACGCUCGGAGGGAUUCGACACUGACUCUGGCUCUUCUGAAUCUUUUCCUGCUGUUGUAUGGAGAUUCCUCUUACACUGAGUUUGAGAUCUCGGUCCCCACGCGUGUACAGGUGGGUGUGUACGGCGGGUGUGUCCAUCUGUCCUGCGUGUUCCCAGUGAGCGGCUCGUGGGACGCAAACAGCAGCAUGAUCUUUUGGCUGCACAACCAAGAGGUGGUCCACAGUUUCUUUCAUAACCGAGACCAGCCUCAACACCAGAGCCGGAGAUACACCAACCGCACCAGCCUGUUCCACCAGGAGAUGAAGAAGGGGAACGCGUCGCUCAGGCUGGACCGCACCACUCUGGAGGACGCGGGGGAGUACACCUGCUCCGUCAGCACUCGGCUGGGCAGCCAGAGAAAGAGCUUCCACCUCAAAGUAGCAGCGUUCUACCCCGAGCCUCGUCUGCAAAUCUUUGUGCUGAGCGACGGCCACAUGGAGGUGCUGGUGACCUCAGAGGGCGGGUUCCCCUCUCCCUCCCUGCAGUGGGUGAUGGGAAACGCCAGGGACGUCACCAACCACACACACACACAGCUGAGUAAGGACUAUCACACAGGUCUGUACAGCGUGAACAGUAAACUGAUCCUAAAUGUAACCGUCAACUCCUCCAUCACCUUCAUCAUGAAGAACCCAGAUCUGGACCAGACCAUCAGGAGGAGCAUCAACCUCUUCUCAGAAAAUGGAGGCUUUGACCAGAGGAACCAGCGAGCAGGACUCAUUGUGCUUUCUCUUGUUGGAGUUAUGUUACUAGCUGUGAUCAUUUCACUAAUUAUCCCUCAACACAGAAUGAUGAAAGGGAAAAUCCCCAAAUACUUCAAAGACUAACAUCGAGUCAUCAGAAGCUUUGACAGCAUCUGAAAAUCCUUCCUCAGAUAAAGCUGAACGUUUUACAGAAUCCCUGAUAAAGAAAGAUCUCGGGGCAGGCGGCUAGACUAGAAGAAGAAAUGUAGUUUACUUACAAGACUUUUUUUUCUUAAGCUCUCCAUCAACUGGCCUUCAGCACAGCAGUCAGUGAUUAAGGCAGAUGUGUGGAGUCACAUCUUCAAAACCAUCUCCAUCCUGAUCUCCAGCUCCUGUCUUCCUCGCUGCUGAAACUUUUUAUGGCACUGAAUAUUUAGAAAAUUAAUGUUUCUAAUGGACAAUGUUAAGGGUCUGGUGUCUCAGAUCAAACUCUAGACCUCAGCUAGAACUGAAGGUCAAUAAACCUCAUCACAGUAUUUUUGUACAGAAGCAUUUAUUAUACUUUAAAUGAUCAGCUUGGUCUGUUUUACGGUUAUCUCAGGCAGGUGACAGUCAGCUGUGAGCACCGGUGUAUUUUCUGUGCUGUUCAUCAGUUAGUGUUAAAUUCAGUCCUCAACAGCUCCAGUCAUCACCAUGGCGACGUCCCCAUAACAUUUGUGUUUGAAGUAAAAUAAAUGUGAAGGUUUCUGUUGUGUUAAAAGGUUGUGUUAGUUAAUGAAUCCCUCUUUCUGGACAAGGGUUACUGAUGCAUUAAUUUAUAAUAAUUAUUUUUAUUUAUUCAUUUUGAGUCAUGUAGCAUUUGUACAUUUACACUCACACUUGCACGUGCACACACACACACACACACACACACACACACACUCACACUCUCUCUCACACACACACUCACCCCAAACAAUACUAGUUAAUAAUGACCCACACACCCAUAAAUACCGAUCCACACGUACACAUCAUGAUAACAAGUAGAAUGUGGAAGUCGCUACGCAGUCAGUGUGUGUAGGUGAGGAACAGCGUGAAUUUUCUGUCCAUCAGCUUUAGAUUUAACAGCUGAAAGAAUAUGCAGUCUCUUGUGAUCCUUGUGGUUAUUAGGUCAAGUAAGAUCACUUUUCAUCCUACACUUCCUGGAGGUGUAGUGUGGAAAAGAGGUGGUUUUAAGAACUUGGGUGUCUACCUGGGGAAUGAUGAGGUUUUAAAUAAAAAUUGGGAUGGCACAUGUAGAGCAUGUGAAGGGCAGACUGAGCAGGUGGAAGCUGCUGGUCCCAAGAAUGCCCUACAGGGGGCGAUCGUUGGUCAUCAACAACCUUCAACAAUCAACAACGCAUCAUCCCUCCGGCACAAGCUGGCAUGUGUGGAUCCACCGCCAAACCUGCUAGCAAGCAUCCAGGCCCUUUACAUUUGUGUUUGAAGUAAAAUAAAUGUGAAGGUUUCUGUUGUGUUAAAAGGUUGUUAGUUGAUAAAUCCCUCUUGCUGGACAAGGGUUACUGAUGCAUUUAUUAAUAAUAAUUAUUUUUCAUUUUGAGUCAUGUAGCAUUUGUACAUUUGUACAUUUAAAAUGUUUAUAAAAAUCUGAAGGUGAAUUUUAUCAGAAUAAAAACAGUUUAAACUGCA